UUUCCUUAUCUGAAAGAUCAGGAAAUCUACGAAAUGUAUAUCAAACUUUCAAUGAAUCCAUUCUACGAGAUCAAUUCUCCAAUUACAUCAUCCAAUUUCGAACAAAAGUCAAUGUUUUAUGGGAAGAAAUAUUUGAACGCGUAAUGAACUGUAUUUGCAAAAUAUAUUUGUGGGUUAAAGAUUGUAUGUUUUUCAUGUGAUGCAGCAAUUCAAGCUAAACUGUCAUAUAUAUAUUACAGUUUUUCGAUAUCUUCUUUAUAAAAACAAAAAUGACGAGUAAGAGUGCUUGUUAAUGGUAGAAGUACAUCUUGAGACCGUAUUUUUCGCAGAGUAAUGUAAUUAGAAUGUAUCAUAUGAUGAUGCACCAUAAUUUGAUAAGGAGUAUACAAUGGUUUAACCUAGUUCGUUUGCAGAGUUGAUAAAAAGGUUUUUCUAUGGCAAGGCUUUGAUUCUUUCAUAUGAGUUGUGACACGCAGUUGCCGUUAUCGCAGUCGUUAAAAUUGUCGUUAAAUGAUGACUUAUACUGAUUUGUCGUGAUCGAUUUAGUUGCGAGUGCGUGGAAAUUCUGAAAAAGUGCCGAUCAUUUACUUCACAAAUGCACUGGUAUAUUUCAGCUUACGUUUGACGGAAAAUUGGCAACAAAUUGGUGUGCUUAUCCUAGCUUGAAAUGUGCCUCUCAUUGAUCUUGAUUAUUCUUUGUUUUAUAUGCCCACCUCUCGCUGUUUUAAUCGUUCGGGGCUGUGACGUACAUUUCCUGCUGAACAUUAUAUUCACGAUCCUGGCUUGGUUACCUGGUGUUGCUCAUGCAAUCUAUAUUUGCUUCUAUUUUGAAUCUCCGCGCGCAUUGGAUGUUUGAAUUACUGGGAAUUUCUCAAUCGAAAGCGGGG